AACUCCGCAUGUCAACUUGUUCGAGAGCGAUCAGGCUUGUAGAUUCAUUCGAAGGUUCCAUUAGCUGCCGUAGAAAUUUCGCGAGUGUGUAUACGUUGCGCGGUGUUAGAGCAUCGAGAGUUUGUAUGAUUUUCCUCAAGAAGAUGUGCAGCUGAGUCGGGGUUUUUGGGGAGAUUUGAAUCGGUGACGGAGUUUGAUGCGCUAUGAUUUGGUGCUAGGCGAGGGAGCGAAGUUGGCGGGGUUUCAUUGUGAGACGUUGUGAGUGAGUGAAGUCGCUUGCAUUGGAAUCCGGAAGUUGCGACGCAGUCUGGAUCAGCUUGGGAGUGGGGCUAAUUGGUCAUAGAUUGUUGGGAUUCUGGGAAAUUUUUCGGGUGCAGACCCGGGAUUGAGUUUCUUAGGCUCUGUGGUAGGGAUUAGGUUACAGAAUGGCUAGGGCGAUGAUUGAUGAUGGCGCAGUGCCUAUGCCUUGUGAGUUGCCAAUUCAACAACCGCCGUAUUAUAUGGUUUCGCCGCCUGUGUCUCCAAUUCCUCAGCACUCUGGAGCCCCGCAAUACGUUUACUAUCCAAAUGCUUCCUCUGGUUAUGGCGUUCCUGUGUCUAAUGCGGUGGCAUUACAAGAUUAUUAUCACCCGUAUCCUGUGUAUAAUAUUCUACCUCCGGAUGCUCGACGUAAUGAACUCAGAAUGCAGGACGCAUGUGAAAAUGCUACGAGACAAGAGAAGCAACCGAGGGUUCCAAGAGUUCAGCCAGUUCCUCAGCAAUGGAUUUACCCCCCCGCGCACUUAACUCCUGACGGAGCUAUUGUUGGGCAGCCGUUGCAAGUCCAUAGAUAUCCCAUGUAUCGUGUGGACGAUGCACCUGAUACGAGUCACUUGCGUUCAGAUCCGAGCGGAAUUCAGUUCGUAAAUAGUUACGGAGUUCCAUUGACUCCAAAAAUAUCUGCUCAGGGGCAGAGUCCUGCCAUUGCGAUGAGUGGCUCCCAGCCAUACAUCCUCCCUGCUCCCCAACCCGGGAUGCAAUGGAAGCUGGUGCCGAUUGCAGAUCCUGACCCCGAGAAAUUCCCAGGGAUGAUUCCCAAGGCAAUGCCGGCAGCGUCUAAGGCACCUUUGAUGCUCAUGGCGUCACCGGGAAGUGAGAAUGCCACCAACGAUUGUGCCAAGCCGGACUCUUCGCCCCUGAAGCUGAAGAUUGGUGACGACGUCCAUCCUGCCAAGUCUGAAGAUCCGUAUAGUCAAAUUCUUUCACUUCUGUUUCCGAAAUCGGGAGCAAAACAUGAGGUAAGAGAGGACGUAAAGGUUGAUGGUCCCUCGUCACCAAAAACAGUGAGUAAAAUUGUAUCUGAAAAGCUGGGUGAAAAGGAGAAGGUAGAACCUACCAUCCCCAAGUCUAUCAGGAUAAUUCCUGUAACGGAUCCCCCAGAAGAGAAGUCUGUUGCGGACCCUACGAAAGAGAAAUCUGUUGCGGAACCUUCGAAAGAGAAGUCUGUCUCUCAAGUGAAGAAGUCGAAGAAGUCAUCCGCGCCAGUACUCAAACCCAUUAAGCUGGUACCGUCGCUAGAUUUUGUAAAGAAGAAAGAUAGUAAUCAUGCAAAUGGAUUUAAGGAGGAGAAGCAGGUUGCUCCUGGAAAUCAUGCUAAACCUGAAUCUCAUCAGAUACCGUCACAUGAUCGUGCGAAAGAGGAGGUACCUGCAAGGAAAGCCCCGAUGGGGCAGGCACAUGAGGCUGCACCGAAGGCGGAGGUCGUAGUGACGAGUGCAAAAGAAAAGCCAGUAUCACCAAAGAAAGUGACAUCUGGAGUGCUGAAAGACAUGGAGUGUGACAUCGCAGAGCCUCAGGGCGCUAAAAAGCAUUCCUCCAAUGUAAAGGUGGCAAUUACUAGUAGCGAGACCGCUGCGAGAGUUAUACAAUCCGUGUGGAGGGGUCACUUAGUGCGACGACAUCAACCGUUGAAGCACUUGCGCGAUAUCGCUCGUGUAAAGCUCAUGUUAAAAGAUUACCAGACUCUCUUGGUGGACAAAAACGAGUUUCUGAAGAAGUGUGUAGAUCCAGUGGAGAGGAACAAAAUUUCCGAAGGACUCAUGAGCUUGUUAUUGCAACUUGAUAGCAUACAGGGAGUUGAUCCAGUUGUUAGAGACAUUCGCAAGUAUACUUCCAAGGAAGUUUUGAAGUUGCAAAGCGAGGUGGAUGCUGCUACUCAAGUUGUCAUCGACAAGGCUGACCAUGUGUCAACUGAAUUGAGCAUGCUAGCAAAAAGUACUGAUGUGGCCAACAACGAUUUUGCUGUAAAUCAGGAGUCCAAUUCAGCAGAACCAAGUCAUAAUGUUGAUUGUCGGGAUGCUCCCGUGAGCAAUGGCGAGGAAAUGGUGAUGACUAGGUCAGAGGAAACUGAGAACAAGAUUCACUCUUCAGAGCCGAUUGAGAUUUGUAAAGAUAGAGACGCUCUUGUUAGUGAUGACACGGGAAUGGUGAUCAAUGAGCGGAGUGAAACUGCGUGCGAGACUCAACCUAUCGUCCCACAAAACAAUACAGGUCAAACAGAAGAGCGUGUAGGGGACCUACUACGAAAGCUUUUGAAUAGGCUACCCGAUUUUGAAAGUCACCAGGAACCCGAGACAGUGAAUAAAAGGGAGACCUUGAUAGAUGCAGAUGAUUUGACACUGAUAUCUGAGGUGGUGAAGAGGCUCUCUGUUUUAGAGGAGCAGCGAAGUAUCGACACAGAGAAAAAACAGCUCAACGAACGUGAAUUGCCCCCUCAGCUCCUUGCUCCGGGACUUCUUUACAAGGGAGAAGAACUGAUAAUGUCAGACACUAGUUCUUCUGCAAACUUUAGUGGCGAAGGUCUUCACUCGAACAUUUCCGUUGGGGUGGAACUCACUGGAGAAAGUGGCAAAUCAAGCGACGCUUCGGGUAAAGAAGACAAAUUGCUCAUUCCUGAACCUGCAACAUCUCCAAGCGAAUCGGAGCUCCAUAACUUGAGGAAGGGCACCUCGGAUGACCCGGAUGCGGCAAUAAAUAUUUCAGAUGACAUGAUGAACCCAGCGCAAUCUACACCAGAUGAGGAGAGUGGUGGGGGUCAAAAUGCUCAAACCAUCAAUGCCACGAUUUUGCAAGAAAAAUUAGGUGUUGGGAACGGUUCACUUCCUAAACCAAUGAAUCUGGAUGCAAUCGCUGAUGUGACGGAAAUUCCCCAUUGUGUGAUUGUUGGAGACCAGGAGGAUAUUGAGAGAGAACAAAAACGAGAUAAUGAUGAAGAGUCACCAGCAGUGCGCAAUUUCGCGGAAUCUGGUAUCUUACCUAGAGAAGCUGAUCCGAAUUCUAUCGGCCGGAACAGUGACACAGACAUUCUGGAAAGAGAUGUUGCAAUUCGACCUGAAUUCGAAGGAGAGGAAACUUCGUUAUCUUUGCAUUCAAAUCAGUGUGAGACUGAUAACCAGAGCAAUACGUCCUGUCCAGAACACAAGUUUGGGAGCAAUGAACUUGUGAGACACGAAAGUAACGGAGACAUCAAAACAGAUCAAGUAUCUGCUUUGGUAUUUUCGGAAGAGAGUAAUGAAAAUAAUGUGGCAGUUGAUGAUGAGGCUUCUGAUAAUGCAACAGGUCUCGAUUCAACUACAUCCUUUGUUAAUGAGGUUUUUGGCGUGCCAGAGGGAGAAUCGACGAUUGAUGGAGCCCCACAGCAACUUACGACAGCAGAUGGUGUGCUCGGGUCACCCAAUGUUGAAACGUUUGAUUCAUCCCAAAAAGGGCAGUUGUCGUUAAAUGAAGAGAAUGAGAAGGACAACAAGACUGAGGAUGACAUUGAUAUAGAGAAUGGUCCGCAGUUAAGUGUGGCUGCUUGCGUCGACGCGGAGCAUUUGGGUAUUCCAUGUAAUGAUUCUUCAUCAUCGCAGAACUCACUUGAUGGUAUCAGCAGGUCACGAUCGGGUAUAGAGGUAAUUCCGGUGGUAGGAUCAAAUUCUUUUGGAGGAGUGGUUGAGUCGGGCACCUCUGAGUCGGAACCACAAAUGGGUGUCGCAAAAUCCUCUGACCAGUCUGUGGUACCAGAGAGCGUCGAUGUAACUGAGGGAGUGAACGUUCAAACUUCAGAUAAGUGCCUCACACCUGAGAAGAAAAUAACUGAGACUAACAGUCCAACUUCAAUCUUGGAUACUGCAAAUGCUCUGCAUUCUGUGGAACUUAUAUUUACUGAGAGCACCACCGACAUUGUGCGGGACGAAUCUACUUCCGAGAUGCCUUCAAUUGUGGCUACCAUGGCGAUGCAAGAGUCAACUCAAAAUUCUCCUUCAUCUAUAGAAGAUUUGCAGCAAGAAUCGACUAUUUCCCAUCUCCAAAGCCCUAACCUUGAAGAACAAGUUUCCGUCAGUGACCAAUUAACACAAUUAGAGUCUGCAAUCUCCGAUCUCCAGAACCUCAACAAUAGAGGUCAAGGAUACCUCGACAACCUCAAUCCUGCAGAGGAGCUGCGGGAUGCGAGAUCGUCGAUGUCUUCUCAUUCUCCCACAUCAAAGAGAAUCGCAGAGGAUAUUCACAUUCCCAAUCCAAUCUCAUUGAGUGCAGGCGCUCUACAUGUUCUGAGAGGCUCGGCAUAUCGUAUGGACGAAUCUGAAAAUCACAGCCUAACCACCAAUUCUCCAUCAUCAGAUUCUGAAAGUUCACAAAAAAAUCUCACGCAGCACUUGAUCGAAGAAAAUACAAUAUUGAAAGCAGUCCUUCGAGAUGUUCUAAAGUGGAGUCAGUGGCAAAGCUCGGCAACGAUGCGUCUUCACAAAAUGAUCGAGAACCUCGAACACAAAAUCCCCAGUAGCCGACACACUCCGAAGAGGAGGGUUAAGACUGCUAAAUUAUGCGGAUUGCCGAAACGAAAAUAUGAACUUUGAACUUCACCUUGUAGAGUAGCUUUGUACAUAACGAUUCACGAAGGUAUUUAUUUCGUAGUUCAUAGAUUACCAAUUAUGCCGGGAAACUACUGUAAUAUAACCUUUCAACUUGAUUAGAUUUUUUUUUACAAUUU